AUGCAUGAAAGAGUUACAGAGUUGAACCUAGGAGGAUAUCUGUUACAUGGAUCUUUAUCUCCCCAUGUUGGCAAUCUCUCCUUUUUGAUAAACCUCAAUCUUAUAAACAACAGCUUCUUUGGAGAAAUUCCACAUGAGUUGGGCAAGUUGCUACAAUUGCAACAACUUUAUCUUAACAAUAACUCUUUUGCAGGUAAAAUUCCUACAAACCUGACGUAUUGCUCCAAUCUCAAAGAGUUAUCCUUGCAAGGGAAUAAGCUCAUUGGCAAAUUACCAGUAGAAGUUGGCUCUUUGAAAAGGCUUCAAAUUCUGGCCAUUGGAAAAAACAAUUUAACUGGAGGAAUCCCUUCAUUCAUGGGAAAUCUUUCAUGUUUAUGGGGACUUUCGGUUCCUUAUAACAACUUAGACGGAGUUAUUCCACCAGAAAUAUGUCGUCUCAAAAACUUGACAAUUUUAUAUGCAGAUCCUAACAAUUUGUCUGGUAUAAUUCCUUCUUGUUUUUACAAUAUCUCAUCACUCAUUAAACUCUCGCUGACAUCGAAUAAGAUUCUUGGCUCGCUUCCAUCUAACAUGUUCCACACCCUCUUUAAUCUCCAAUAUAUUGCAAUUGGGCGGAAUCAAAUCUCUGGUCCAAUCCCCAUUUCCAUAGAAAAAGCUCAUGGCCUAACAUUAGUUGAUUUUGGUACAAACAAUUUGGUUGGACAAGUUCCAAGUAUAGGGGAGUUACAAAAUCUUCGAUUUCUAAAUUUGCAAUCAAACAAUUUAGGUGAAAACUCAACCAAAGAAUUGGUGUUUUUAAAUUCGUUGGCAAACUGUACUAAACUAGAAUUGAUUUCUAUAUAUAAUAAUAGUUUUGGAGGUAAUUUUCCAAAUUCCUUGGGAAAUUUAUCCACUCAAUUUAGUGUACUAGAUCUUGGGGUAAAUCAUAUAUCAGGAAAAAUUCCGGCAGAAUUAGGAUACUUAGUUGGCUUAACUGUCUUGUCCAUGGGAUUUAACCACUUUGAAGGAAUUAUUCCAACUACUUUUGGGAACUUCCAAAAGAUGCAGAAAUUACUUUUGGGUGGAAACAAGUUGUCAGGAGAUAUGCCACCCUUUAUAGGAAAUCUCAGUCAAUUGUUUGAUUUACGAUUAGAACUUAAUAUGUUUCAAGGGAAUAUUCCUCCAAGUAUAGGAAACUGUCAAAAUUUACAAUAUCUAGAUCUUUCUCAUAAUAGGUUUAGUGGAACCAUACCUGUAGAGGGAACUCCAUCAAUGGAACAAUACCAUCCUCUUUGGCUUCUCUCAAGGCUUUAA